GCUUCCAUCACCUGCGCAGAAACAGGCUGUGAACGCAGCUUCCAUCUCCCCUGCACCCUAGAGGGCGAAUGUGUCAGUCAGCACUUUGGAAAGUACAGUUCCUUCUGCCAAGAGCACAGUCCUCAGCAGGCAGUGGAGGCAGCUCCAGAGCAAGACACCAUUUGCAUCAUCUGCAUGGAUCCCGUGGGAGACAAAAAGUCUUACAGCACCAUGGUGUGUCCAGCCUGCAAACAUGCAUGGUUCCACCGGGCCUGCAUCCAGGUAGAAGCCCUCCACUCACCCUGCAUGCGUGGCAGCACUCAGCACCACCAGGCCCUGCUCACUUUCACACUGCAUGUAUUUCUGCUGCAGGGACAGGCAACAUGUGCAGGUAUUAACUGCUUCCAGUGCCCUCUCUGCAGAGACAAGGACAAGUUUAAAUCAGAAAUGUUCAUCAUGGGAAUCCGAAUCCCAGACAGAAGACCAGCAUGGGAGGACAACAAUGCCUACACAUUGCUGGGAGACAGGCACAGGCGCUGUGAUGUCAGUGAGUGCCUUUACCAACGAGGCAGAGAGCAAGCAGAAGAAGAGGGGCCCUGGGAGCUGCUUCUGUGCAGUUCCUGUGCUGCAGAAGGCACUCACCGGCACUGCUCCUACUUGAGCAACAGCACAGACACGUGGGAGUGCAACACCUGUGCCAGCGUGGGCACUGCCUCCAGUGACAACUUGGAUCUCACUGACCCCAGCACUGCCAACCAGCUGGGACUGGGGCCAUUGUAUGGCUCAGUGGCACCUGAGAGUAGCACUGCCAGCCAGGCAGCACUGGGGCCAGCUCCCAGUUCCAGGGCGCCUGAGAGCAGUGGCCAGUCAAGCCAGACCAGGACAGAGCAGAGAAUCGACUCGCAUUUAAAUCAGGAUGAAGACAUCUAUAACCAGCUCCAAGGACGCCAUGGGAGCAGCCACGUUGCAGCCCUAGGAGGUGCUGCAGAGAGACAGACCUUGAUCUCUGCCAGCCAGGGGACAUCAGGAUCCUCAAGAGAUUCUCCAGAAGUUGGCAGCCACAGGUCCAGACAGGGAGGGUGUGCCCGAGCCCGAAGUCGCUCCCCAUUACAGUCUCAGACCCCAGAUUCCCAGAGCUGACCCCUAAGAUGCUGUGGGAGCAGCCAUGUACCAGUCACAGGUGCUGGGAGCUGCACCCAGGGCUACAUCAGCCAAGGAGUACCAGGGUCACCAAGGUAUUCCCCAGAAGCUGACUGAAGAAGCAGGCCAGGCAGCAAGGGUGGGCCAAGGCACAAAGCCACUCCCCUGUUGACUUCAGGGCUGCAGAGACCAUGAGCCAGCCCCAGAGACACAAUGGGAGUUGGUCCAUGAGGAGAGCACCAGCCCAGGUGCAAAGCCUUUCCAGGAUACAAUGCCAGGAUGAAAAUCCUCACAGCUGGUCCCAGAGACACCACAGGAGCAGCCAUGUUCUGGCCCAACGUGAUGGCUGUAGUCUGCGGAGGCCAUUGCAAUAA